CUUCCUUUUGUUUUUCUCUGUCCUUAAGAUGUGUCAUUGGAAGCUGGUCAUCUCCUGGUUCUGCCUGGUUUUGCUGGCAUCUCCCCUCUCGGCCAUCUGGGAACUGGAGAAAGAUGUUUAUGUUGUAGAGUUGGAUUGGUACCCUGAUGCCCCCGGAGAAAGGGUGGUCCUCACCUGUGAUACCCCUGAAGAAGAAGGCAUCACCUGGACCUCAGACCAGAGCAAUGAGAUCUUAGGCUCUGGCAAAACCCUGACCGUGCAAGUCAUAGAGUUCAGAGAUGCUGGCCGCUACACCUGUCGCAAAGGAGGCGAGGUUCUGAGCCACUCGCUCCUGCUGCUUCACAAAAGGGAAGAUGGAGUUGGGUCCACUGAUAUUUUAAAGGACCAGAAAGAACCUAAAAAUAAGACCUUUCUAAAAUGCGAGGCCAAGAAUUAUUCUGGACGUUUCACCUGCUGGUGGCUGACGGCGAUCAGUACUGAUCUGAAAUUCAGUGUCAAAAGCAGCAGAGGCUCCUCUGAUGCCCAAGGGGUGACAUGUGGAACACCCACCCUCUCUGCAGAGAGGGACCGUGGGGAGCAUAAGAAGUUCUCGGUGGAGUGUCAGGAGGACAAUGCCUGCCCAGCCGCCGAGGAAAGCCUGCCCAUGGAGGUCGUGCUGGAUGCCAUUCACAGGCUCAAGUAUGAAAACUACACCAGCAGCUUCUUCAUCAGGGACAUCAUCAAACCCGACCCGCCCAAGAACCUGCAGCUGAAGCCGUUAGAGAAUCCCCGGCAUGUGGAGGUCAGCUGGGAGUACCCCGACUCCUGGAGUACUCCGCAUUCCUACUUCUCCCUGACGUUCAAUGUUCAGGUUCAGGGCAAGAACAAAAGAGAAAAGCAGAAAGAUACAAUCUCCACGGACAAGACCUCAGCCACGGUCAUCUGCCAAAAGCAUGCCAACGUCCGCGUGCAAGCCCGGGACCGCUACUAUAGCUCCUCUUGGAGCGAAUGGGCGUCUGUGCCCUGCAGUUAGGUUCCUGUCCCAGGAUGAAACCUUGGAGGAAAAGUAGAAGACAGUCAGCAAAGCUUUUUAAAGACACAAUGGAAAAGACCCAAAAAGAUAUUUUCCACUUGAUUUGCUUUUUAAAAAUAUUUUUUUAGGAUCGCCAUGAUGUCUUUGCCCUAUUUUUAUAGGUAGAUGCUAACUGCCCACAGAAACAACCAAGCUAAUCUACAUAUAGAUUUUCCAGCUAUCAAGUUGCCACUGACCUUAAUGCUAUUUAAAUAUUUACAUAAUUUAUAUAUUUAUUAAUUUAUUACUGUUAUUUAACAUUUGUGUGCCAGGAUGUAUUGAAUGUGUCAUACUCUCGUGGCCCGAUCCACAAGGAUCAAGGCCCCUGUUAUGCGAAAUGUGAAUUUAAGUGUUAUUUAUACUGCAAGCAAGGCUGCAAGUACAUCAGUUUUAUGACAACCACUAAGAACACAGUAUUUUGAUACCAGUGCCAUCAUAUAUUUGUGAAGGAUGGGAACACAAGGGACAUUUAAUUAGAGAUGUGAAGACACAGGCCUGUUGAGAGAAUCCUGGAGGAGGGGAUUCUAGUUCCCAUAUCCACGAAGAUGGCCUUGAAGUGUUGUUGACAAAGCAAUUCAGGGCCACCUGUACUUCUAAGCAAGUUUAGUCUGUGGAUGCGUGAAUUUUAAAAGGGCUACAAAUAAAAUGAUUGAAAUUAAAAUUCAGCUUCGGCUUCAAUGGCAAUCCCUGCCCCUACCUCUAUGUAAGACACAGGAGGGUGGCACAGAGACCUCAUAAAUGUCUGGAAGCUAAAAAGAUCUUAGGAUUCAAGAGGGAAGACAAGCGUAGUUAUGGCUGAGGAUAUGAAAUUGUCAGAGUUGCAGGAGGCUUCUUAACAGCCACAUGGGAAAGCAGACAGAUGCAGAGAAAACAAUCUAGAAUGGUUCCUCAUCAGCAUGAGGGAACCUGACAUGCAGCUAGGACCAGAAAGUGUACCUCUGCGUAGGCGCUACUUUUAAGUAAUGACUGUGCUGUCUGUAAAUACGUUUGUUUUCUGUUUAUUUUUCUAUAUUUUAUUUUUCUAUUUAUUUUUG